CAUGAGUCCAUGUGGGGAAAUUCCCAUCCCACCAAAGCAAGGUCCUGAGUGAGUUUUGGAUAUGCUGCCUUGUGUUUCACUUGGUAGCAUGGAGAAACAAGUAGCAGCACUAGAAAAAUAUCUCAUUUCCUUAGCCCUCGCUGUUGUAACUUUGCUGGGUUUCAUUUAAAAGUCCAGAGAGAUUCAGAGGAGACAGGAGAAAGCACCCACUUGGUUUUAUCCUCUGUAUAACACAAGUACAGCAUGCAUCAGGUACCCCCUAAAGAUCUCUUUCAUUCGUGUUUUCUCCCCCAACAGCCUGAAGGUGCAGUUCACCGGCAAGUGUCAUUGUCACCGAUUCUUAACACUGAUGCCCUUCCUCCCUUCUCCCUGCUGGGGAUGCAGACUAUGAGCCCCGUGUUAGCACCUGCUGGCUUCUCACAUCAUGUGUCAGCUCUGACCCAAAAGCUCUUUGGUCCCGUUAUCCCGGAGGCACCCAGAGAAGCCCAGCACCAGCACAGCCCUGCCCGAACGCUGCCUGAGGCUCGCAGGCUGGAGCUGGCUGGCAUCCCCGCAAGGAGCCAGUGUGCAGGGUAAGCAGCUCUGUGGGUUUAAGUUCUGCCUUCUCCUGUCAGGCCCAGAAUCCCACUUCUCAUCUCAAGCAGCAUCACAAAAAACGGGUGAAAUGCUCAAAUAUUUCCUUAAUGCUUAAUGAAAUGUUAUUAACUUAUCAAUUAAUAACCACAGCCGAGUAAUAGAUUAUUUCUAACAAAAGGCCUGCCAAUUGCUAACAAGUUAUGAAAUGUCGGAGCAGAAGUUCUCAAAGAAAUAAUCCCCUGCCACAUCCCCCCACACGGAAUAACGAGGAUUACUAGCGGGUUUGCUGGACACUGACUGUAACAUGUAUGUGAGAUGCAAAAUUCCCGUGGCAUCUCACUACCACAUUUUCAGAGGAGCCCAGGUACGAUUUCACAGGGAUGCUAACUUUCUGCGUCUGACACGGAAUAUGCCCCACGGGGGAGAAGCCGCCCCGCGCAGAAGCGGCGCAGACAAAGCCGGGGGCUGCACCCCGCGGGGUGCGGGCUCUGCCUUCGCCCCGCUCCGCCCGGCGCAGGUUCCGAGGGACGAUCCGCGGGCUGAAAUGACUAAGCACGAACUCGCCAGCCGCUCCCCGCCGAGAGGCUGCUCGCUCCGCACCCGCGCACGACGAAGAGGGGGGGACGCACACACUCACCUGCCCGCCCCAAGCCCCGCCAGCGCCGACUCCUCCGCAGGGGCCGCCGCUCCUCCGCGAGGGUUCCGCCGCCGCGGCCGCAGCCCAGCGCCGCCCCGCUCCGCGCCGCCCCGCAGCCGCGCACCCCGCGGAGCCGCCGCCUCCCGCCGCCGGGGCGGGCCGGGGGCUGCCGUCAGCCGGCGGCUGACGCAGGUCUCUUCCUCCCGGGGAUGAAGACCCCGGCGGGCAGCGCGGAGCCACCGUGUCCGGCGCCGCUCGGGGCGGCCGGGGACUCUCCGCGCCCGCGGUAGGGAGGUGCUGCCCCCGCGGUGCGGGAGUGCGCAGCGCCGAGCACCCCGGAGGAGCCUCCGGAGCCCCCGGCAUGGAGCGUCCGCUCAACCUUAGCUGCUUCGCUGAUACGAUGCUGGACGCCAGCAACCAGAGUGGGUCCACCAGCCUGGAUGGUGGCCGGGUGCAUCUCUCUGUCUUCAGCGUGCUGGUCCUCACCCUGUUGGCCAUGCUGGUGGUGGCCACGUUCCUCUGGAACGGGCUGGUCUUGGCCACCAUCCUCCGGGUGCGCACUUUCCACCGGGUUCCCCACAACCUGGUGGCCUCUAUGGCCAUCUCCGACGUGAUGGUGGCAGCCCUUGUCAUGCCCCUCAGCUUGGUGCAUGAGCUGUCUGGGCGGCGGUGGCAGCUGGGCCGGUUGCUGUGCCAGGUGUGGAUCUCCUUCGACGUGCUGUGCUGCACCGCCAGCAUCUGGAAUGUCACGGCCAUUGCCCUAGACCGCUACUGGUCCAUCACCCGCCACCUGGAGUACACACUCCGCACCAGGCGCCGCAUUUCCAACAUCAUGAUCGCUCUUACCUGGGCACUCUCUGCCUUCAUCUCUUUGGCCCCACUGCUCUUUGGCUGGGGAGAGACUUACUCAGAGGACAGUGAGGAGUGUCAAGUCAGCCAGGAGCCUUCCUACACCAUCUUCUCCACCUUUGGCGCCUUCUAUCUGCCCCUCUGCGUGGUGCUCUUUGUAUAUUGGAAGAUCUACAAGGCCGCCAAGUUUCGCAUUGGAUCUCGGAAGAGCAACUCCAUCACCCCCAUUACACCAGAAGCCCUGGAGGUAAAAGAAGCUGCCCAGCAGCCACAGAUGGUCUUCACUGUCCGUCACGCCACUGUUACGUUCCAAACGGAUGGAGACACGUGGAGAGAGCAGAAGGAAAAGAAAGCUGCCCUCAUGGUCGGCAUCCUUAUCGGGGUCUUCGUGCUCUGCUGGAUCCCUUUCUUCAUCACAGAGCUCAUCAACCCCCUCUGCUCAUGUGACAUCCCACCCAUUUGGAAGAGUAUUUUUCUAUGGCUAGGCUAUUCAAAUUCCUUUUUUAAUCCACUCAUCUACACUGCUUUCAAUAAAAACUACAACAAUGCCUUCAGGAACCUAUUCUUUAGACAGCACUGAACAGAAAAAGCUUUCCUGCUGCCCCAGGAAGCUGAUUUCAACUCUCGAUGAAUCCUACCAAACUCUUGAGGAAGUUUAAAGCCACAAAUACUGAAGUGAUGCUAAAGACACAUCCCCAUGUGUUGUAUGUCCCAGCAACAGUCCUGGUUCCUACUCAGACUCUCCACCCCAGCCUCUAAGUCAGUCGCUAUUUCUCCUGCAAACAGCAUGGAAGGGUUUCUCUGGCCAGCAGCAGAAGGUUGUUCCUCCAGUGCCGCACUGCCUUUCUCCCGCUGUCCUAGUGACGUUCUGUUUGGUGGCAGUAACAGUGCAGAGGAGUCUUCUGGCAAUGGGUCAUAUCUGAAACUCUGGUUUGGCCACUGCCAGUCUCUCACAGCAUUAAUCAGCUUUGUCCCAUGUGCAAAGCUGGGACCCUUUAAUGUCAGGGGGUUGUGUGAUUAUAUAUGAAACUAGAUAUUUUAUGGCUUGGUUGAAAACGCUGUUUGUCUUGUCUUUCACUGAUAGAGAUUAAGUGUUUGUAUUUGCAGAACAGUAAGGGUUAAGAGCAGACUGCAAGUACAAAACCUUUUCUCACAUGCUCUAUCAAUAACAAAUUUGCUAUUGGAUUCUGUGUAGCAAUUAUUUUAAAAACAUAUUUAUUGUGAAAGCUUAAUGCAUGGUGUACCCUGGAAUGAGAGAGGAUGCAUGGAAGCCCCACCUUUCUUGUUCUCCGGCUGCCACAUGUGAGCAUCUGCCUCAGACCUUUACUUUCAGAAAUACCAGCUGUAAAUGUUAAUCUUUGUGUCUGUGUUUCCCAUUCUAAACCAUAAAUGUAUUUGGAGCAGCUGUGAGGCAGGUUUCCUGUAGUUGCACAGGAUGCAAGGAGCACGUUUCAGUUGGCCUGUCAACGAGGGUCUGUGUUCUACCAUUUCUGAGCAUGAUUCAGGUCUUCUUGAAACCAAAAGAAAGACUCCACUUUGUUUUUGUGAGCACUGGAUUCCAGGCAAAGGGCAGUUAAUGACAAGUAAUGUUUCAUUUUGAAAGCAUGACCAAACUAUAGAUGUCCUCUCUUGCAAGGACCAGACUUCAAUAUUUCUUCUUUUGCCUACCCCUUCUUCGCUCCCUCCCCCCUAAAGCUCCAGUCCUGCCUGGUCAUUAGUCCUCUCUUGCCUUCCUGUCUUUCCAUGUUGCCAACUUAAUCAUAGUAGUUGGCAUUUCACUCCUAGCAUUAAAAUUAUGCACUUUAUGCUCCUCUGCUGGAAGACUGACAGCCCUUCAGAUAAGGAAGAGCAUUAGUUUUAACUGUCAGCUCUUAUGGGGCAGCCACUGAAAUCAGACCAGAACUGAAAUGGUGGAGGAAAAGACAAGAUUGGAAUCAGAACAACAUGAAUUCAUGUCAGAUAUCUCAAGAAGAAGAGAUAAAAGGGAAAAAUGUCAAUAAAUAAUGGGAAAGGUACCUGGGGGUGGGUAGAAUUAGUUCCUAUCCUUAGCAGAUCACAGGACAUCAGAUGUUAAAAUUGUCACUGGUCCUUUAAACCAGUCAAAAAUCCUGGUAGAGUUGGUAAAAAAGGUCCCUUUUCUUUUCAUAUCUCAGGACAGGUGAAAAUGGAAGCAGAGCUUGAGGUGCUAUGAAGUGCUGAAGCUCUUUCAGGACCAGUUAGACAAACAUCCAUCAGGACUGACAUAGAUGUAGCUAAUCCCACCUUGCAGCAAGAGGAGAAAUAGGACAUCCUUCGAGAUCUUUUUCAGCACUAUUUUAUAAAAGUCUCUUAGAAAGAUCAGGUAAAAUCUUGCCCUCAUUGAAAGAAACAGACAAAUUCUCAGUGAGCUCAAGCGAAUCGGAAUUUUAUCUAGCAUGUCCUGUCUUGUAAAAGCAUAGUUUUAAUGUUAACUAAUUAAAGGAGAAGAUGAGUGGGAUGGGAGCAAUCUUCUAACUCCCCUGAAAGAGUCUCUGAUCUGUGCUAACCAUGGACCAAUCUCUCUACACCUAGUGAAGCGCAUUUUCUGUCUUUGCUACAUAUUUUAAAGUAUUAUUAGUGACACCUCUGGUGUAUCAAAAAUUGUAAUAAACUCUAGAGCCACUUUUUUUCACUGAGGAUAUAAAGGUUGCUUUGCUUUCUCUGGACAGUCUGUCACCAGUGCAGUGUUUUUCUUUUUGGGAACUUACUCCUUUUGCUGCCUCAAGGGUUGUUUUGCCGAAAUGAAUUGGAAAAAAGUGCUUCCUUGCCCAAAACAGAUCUUCAGCUAAGCUUGGUGGUGCCUGAAAGAGGGAGACUACUUGUUAGGCCACCACAGCAGCUUUUUAAACACCGAAGUGUGAAUUAACCAAGAAGUUGGACUUCAGUUCACCGUUUUAGCACAUAAAAUCAUGUCUACACAACCCCAUUUCAGUCCCAGUUGUAUCCAUCCCCGUUUUUAUUUUCUCUUUGAUAAAUAUUGCAGAUUCCCUACCUGUGUUGUGUGGGAUCCUUGCACAGGCUGUGGAAUCAACUGCAAACGCAGAUUAGUCUCCUGUGUAAGCAGACAAAAAAUAAACUGAAAUCGAAGGGGAAGAUCCCCACUUUUGCUGCAGCUCUUUGCUGGGAUGAAGCUCCCUUUCAUUACACCCUGCAUUUGUCCAUGUUGUGCCUUAAACGGUAAUAGGGAGAUAGGAGAGGAAUUUAAAACAAUACUGCAUAAUUCUAAUUUGUCUGUAGUCAUGGAUAGUCCACCAUCCUGGUGUAAAUUACAUCCAUGCUUAUUUGACAACACACAUCUCAUACAAUGCAGACUGAUCUGCAAAUAACAGCUUCCCAUUUUUUAUAAGUUUUGUUCCUUGAAUCUCGACAUAAUUAACAGUUAUGUUAUGGGCCAAUUCCUACAGCUCUUACUUAAGACUUUAGACCACUGGCUUUUCUUCUAAAUGCCAUUCUGACAAUGUAAUAUGACCACGCAGGAAAAACAUCAGUAUUCUGGAGAUUGCGCUGAAGAAUCAUAUUGAAACAUGUUGCAAUGGUCCAGGCACACUGAAGGGGCACAAAGAAAUUUGACUUCUGAUCCUGGCUCUGAGGCUUUUUACAAACCUCUCAGUAUUCAAACACAGAUGCUGAGUGGGCUCCCAGGGACACAAAUCAGAUUUGAAGAGUUACACAGCCCCAGCUUCAAAGGAUGUGUCUUGUACCUUCUUGUUCCCAUUUAUAAAAGAGAGCCAGUGGUGUGAAGAGAUCUGCCUCACUGAGGCUUUGUAAGGAUUAAUUAAUAAAUGUUUAUCAUGUAGUAGGAAGGUGGAACACUCUGGUUUGAAUGCUGAACAGCGUUAUAAAUUUGGCUUAUGCUUAAUUCCUCAGAAGAACAUCAUUACCCAUUAUUAUUGAGUUUCCCAUGCAAUUUAAUGCCUACAUAAUACUUCCAGAAAAGAUUUAACUAACCCUUCUUCCACUUACAA